AUGGCGAAAGUCAGCAUGAGUCGUGACUUGAGUUUGACGACAACAUUUGCUCAUCUUAGAGACGAUUUGACAGAUAUAAGAAAAGAUGUCUACAACAUCCGUGCGUCUUGUUGUUAUCCUACAUGCUCCAAUAGCACACAAGGAAUGAUAACAUAUAACAAGCAAGAGAAGGAACUCGAGUAUUGUAACAGCAGCGACUGGUUGGUUUUAUUGCCAUUGUUAGCACCUGGUAGUUCUCCUUUGUUUCCUGCGUCAACCUGUAUGGAGAUAGCUCUCCGGCACAAUUCAUCCUCUUAUGAUGGGCCAUACUGGAUUAGGCCAUCUUCUAACGAUCCACCAUUUCAAGUAUUCUGUGACGCGAGAGAAGGUUGGACUUUGAUUAUGAAAUUAGAUGGCAAUUAUUCAACAUUUGACUACGACAGCGACUUGUGGUCGAACAAAGAGACAUUUCAAUUGAACAGUUUGGAUUUGGAUGACAUAGAAACAAAAUUGGCUUCGUAUUGGACACUCCCGUUUACUGAACUUCGUGUGGGAAUGAAAUAUAAAUACAAUGGUGAAACUAAAAUCAAAUGGACCACUUUCAAAUAUAUCGCAUCAUCUCUUUACGAUGUCAUUGCCGAUGGAAAUUUAAAAAAUACGAGUUUUGAUGAACACAAUUGGGCACGAUUACUACCUGAUCUUUCUUACUAUUAUGUCAGGAAUUUGUACCGAAUUUGCAAAGACUUGAAGUCAGAUGUAGCGACAAUAACACAAAAAGUCAGCAAGCAAAAUUUCAUCACUCUGGAACUAUCUAAAGCUCUUAAUAGCGUGAAUGGUACAGUACAGCUACAAGUAGAGGAGCAGCAGAAAUCACAAUCUGAGCUGGUCAAACAUAAUUCAACGCUGAGUAAAUUGUCACUGAAAAUAGUGGACUUGAAAUCAGAUGUAGCGACAAUAACACAAAAUGUCAACCAGCAAAAUUUCAGCAUUAAGGAAUUAACGGUGUCUCUCAAUAGUGUAAAUGUUAAAGUACUGCUAAAAGAACAAGAGCAGCAGAAUGUGUCUCUCAAAUUGCAAGACAUUGUUGCUGAACUGCAAGAGAGCAAUUUCAGUUUGACGAAAACCGUUACUCAUCUUAAAGACAAUUUGACAGAUUUAGAAAACGAAGUGUACAAGAUCCGUGCGUCUUGUUGUUAUCCUUCAUGCUCCAAUAGCACAGAAGGAAUGAUAUCAUAUAACAAGGAAGAGUAUGAAAUCGUAUAUUGUAACAGCAGCGACUGGUUGUUUCUGCCAUUGCCAUUCAAACCUGGUAGCUCGCCUUUGUUUCCUGCGUCAACGUGUAUGCAGAUAGCACUUAGUCACAAUUCAUCCGAAUACGAUGGGCCAUACUGGAUUAGGCCAUCUUCUAACGAUCCACCAUUUCAAGUAUUCUGUGAUGCGCGACAUGGUUGGACUUUGAUUAUGAAAUUGGAUGGAAAUAGUUCAACAUUUGUCUACGACAGCGACUUAUGGUCGAACAAAGAGACAUUUCAAUUAAACAAUUUGGAUUUGGAUGACAUAGAAACAAAAUUGGCUUCGUAUUGGACACUCCCAUUUACUGAACUACGUCUGGGAAUGAAAUAUAUAUACGGUGGUGAAUCUGAGUAUGGAACUUUUGAUACAGAUUCUGGUACUACAAUCAAAUGGACAACUUUCAAAUAUAACGCAACAUCUCUUUACGGUGUUAUUGCUGAUGGAAAGUACAAAAACACGAGUUUUGACAAUUGGGCACGUUUACUCCCUCAUCCAGGAGGCGUCCUUAUCAGCUAUUAUACCGACUUAUGCCAGGAAGGUUUCAAUACACAAUCUUCCAACAGUUCUUUGCCAAAAGCUCGUUUGGGAAUCAUGUAUCAUAGUACUUCUGAUAUGGCAAAUUUCUGUCACACUCCAAAGUCUUUUCUUGGUUUUGGAACGCAGUACAGAAGGCUAUCUGUUCAAAACAGUGUUGGAAACUACGAUUGCUGCUAUUGCGAAGAAAUAAUUUGCUAUCCUAUAAACUUCAAAGCAAUUGGCUACAUCAUGGCACGAUAGGACAGAUACAAUUAAUAUACUCAGUUUGUGGACGCAUGAAUAUCAAUUGCCUAUUUGUGGCAACCACUACCAAAAGUUUAAAUUUUAGUGUUUUGUUUUUAGCGAAAUUUUGUCUCAGUGCUGUUUGCAAUUUGUAGUCAAUAUUGGCUAGUAGUAGUCAAAGGCAAUUUUGUCAAACGUGUUGUGGUUUAAGUGACGUCACCAAUUGAAAUUGUAUUGCUUUGAGUGCCGACAUUU